CAGCUGACUGCAGAUCCUCGCUGCCGGGCUCUCGGAGCCUCAGUCAUCUCUCGGCGCGCUAGCCGGCUGGUCGUCGGCUCCCAAAGCUCCCUUGAGCUCCCAGCGGCUGAAUUUUCUAAGUCUAUUAUCAACUUAGUGCCUGGACUGAAGAUGUCUUCAGGAAUGUAUUACUGCCGACUCGCUAAUAUAGUGAAGACCUGAUCUAUAAUGGAGCGCGAUGGCUUGCCAGAAGAUCCCGCGCAACAAUGGGAAGUUCUUCUGUGUAUCAUCGCCUUCGAAGAAAAGAAGAUAGACCGCAGACCUGAUGGCGCUAUCGAGGCCCUGACUUACUUCUACAACCAUAAGGGAAUAAGGCACAUCUUCACAGAAUGGAUCAACCAGAUGAAGCUGAGUUACGACAAGCAAAUGUCUGAAGAUGAUACAGCCAGGAAGAAUGAUGAGAUGGCAUUGCUUUGGAGGCAGCGGGGAAACAUCAAGUUCAGAGCGGAGAUGUUUGAAGAGAGCCACAAGCUAUACACUAAGAGUGUGCUCUUUGCUAGAAAAGAUGGGCCUUUAUACUCUGUGGCAUUGGCUAAUAGAUCCGCUGCCUCCUUGCGACUCAGACGCUACAAAGAGAGUUUGAGAGAUGUCCAACGCGCUCUGAACCACCAAUACCCGCCGGAUCUUCAGCACAAACUGUACUUGCGUCGCGCCGAGUGCUUUCUAGAAAUGGGCCAGAGACAAAACUGCAUUGAAGCCAUGAAACAAGCGGUCAGGCACAACGGGAGGAUCAAACUCAGAGGCAUAUCUAAAGCCGAGUUCGACAAGUCAUACCGUUUGCUGGAAGAAAAGAUAGUGAAACUGAAGUAUGACGCACCUGCCGACGAACUACAUUUGCCCGAGUUAUACCUCGGAGAGAAUCCAAAUUUCAGGAACGCAUGCGGAGCUGUCGAACUAGUACGGAACGAGGAGUUUGGGCGUCACGUACUGGUGAAAGACCCGGUGAAGAGAGGUGACGUAAUAUUCGCCGAGGAGCCUUUCGCCUCCGUCAAACUGCCGGACAAGGACCUGCCUCAUCCUUACUACUGCGACUACUGUUGCAGCAGCGACUCGGCUAUGAUUGGGUGCAGCGACUGCUCUCGUGUGGUAUUCUGCGACGAAGCUUGCCACUAUCUCGGCAAAAACUUUUACCAUCGUUGGGAAUGUAUCGGAGUAAGAGCUAACAUAUUCCCUAUUAUAGGGAUCGCUCAUUUGGCCUUUAGGGUUAUGUUAAAAUACGCCCAUAAGGGUUUCCCUCGGCUUCCGGAGUCUGCUGGCACGCCAACUACUGCUGCCGCAUUAAUCGCUGAGUACAGCAAGGUGGACAACAUCCACAUCUACAAGACGGAGACAGAGUCUUUCUAUCGUAUGUUCAACCUCUCGUCCAACCUGGGCACUUCGGCAAACACUGACAACAUUCAGUACGCUCUAUCGUCCACCAUGCUGACUCUGUAUCUGGAACAAAAUACAAAGUUUUUCGACUAUUUCCCGGCAAGGGUUGGGUAUCCCCUACCCAUGAACGAAAUGAAGCUCUUGUGCGCAGCCUUGAUAUUCCGUAGCUUGGGCCAACUGAUUAGCAACGCACACACGGUAAUGGAAUUGAAUACCGGUCAAAAUCCAAACAUGCCAAUACCGUGCACAGCCAGCCCCUGGCGUCGAGUUGGAACGGGGAUAUAUCCGAGCGCUUCAAUGAUGAAUCACUCUUGUGAGCCCAAUAUCACAAAUGUGUUCUACAAGAACCACCUCUUCGUUAAAGUGAUCCGUGAGUUGCCCAUUGGGGGUGAAGUUCUCAAUUGCUACGGUCCCCACUAUGCAAGAGCCUCCACCGACGACAGACGCGAAGCCCUCCGCAUCCAGUACGGCUUCAACUGCAUGUGCCCUGCCUGCGUCGACGAAUCCAGAAAAGACUUUGUCUCGCUGUUUUCGGCGUACGCAUGCUCGUCAUGCAAAGGUCCUGUUACAUGGGAAGGGACGAGAAUGUGUUGCCACCAGUGUCCCAAUGAGUUCCCGCUGCAAAGAGCCCAGAAUGCUGCUGAGACUGCUGAUGCAAUGCACGCAAUAGUUAACUGCAAGCGGUGCCAUAAGGAACUCAAGAUUCCAGACAUAAUUAACACGUUCACCCGAAGUCACAAAUAUGUGCACCAAGCCAUGCGCGCUCGAACUAAAGAGGAGCGUUGCGACCGAAUGGUUCGGUCUUAUCGAUUGAUGCAGCAAGUUUUGUAUCGCCAUCAUAACAUAUUGAGAAAGGCUUCUGAUGACCUGGCAAUGCUAUACGCUGCUAUAGGAGAGUACACGAAAAGCAUAGAUCUGAUAAAGCAAAACAUCCAGAGUUUCGAGUACCAGUUUGGGUCAUUCAGCGUUGAGGUAACCAACGAGAUCAGAAAGAUGGCGAACCUUAUGUUAGGACGCAUCAUGAAGUAUUUAGACAAUCCUGAAUUAGACGAACGCCAGCCAAUGGCUAUAAAGGAUUGGAUCCGCGAGACCUUGAAGAUCGCUAAGAAGGCCACGCAAUUAAUGGAGCUCAACUUCGGCACGUGGCAGCCGAUGUACAGAGCUCUGAAAGACAACGAGGACGUGCUGGAGAACAUGCUGGCCGGUCCGCGGUUCCACGAUCAUCCCGAAUGCUUCAACCAUCGUCUGCAGAACCUUAACCUCAUUUAGCAAGAUAAGUGCACGUUUCUUUAAGAAGGCUAAGACCUUCGGACCUGGGAUACACAAAUUCAUUCAUUGUGAAUCCAGAAGAAAAUAAAUUAUAAUCAAGUGAAGCCAGUUUAAAAGCAGUUGUGUUUCCCAGGUCCCAAAUUGUACUUUGGACUUGAUAAAUUAUUGAUGUUGUGUGUGUGCAUACUCUUUGUACAAGCAUUGGAAAUGUAGGUGAGGCAAAACAAUUUAUUUUCCAAUGCACUGUACGAUUUACACUGAUCGUGAUGUAUUCCGUAAUUUGUCAUAACUAUUUAAUUGCAAUGAUGUGUACGAUUUAUACCUAUCGUCAUGUAGGACGUAAUCUAUAAUACCUGUAAUCACUUUUUUUGAUCACCGCUUUUAAACACUUACGGAUAUACAUGGAAUUGUUUUCGAUUACGUCGAGAAGAUGUUUUCGAAAAAUAAUUUCCUUUGAUGGGGGAAGUGAAUUAAGCGCGACUACAUUCUUGUCCGAAAUUGCUCUCGUGGUGAUUCUCGCGCGGCCGUAGUCUCAGAUUGAAAAUACGGUCAAACUUAUCCCCAUCGGUAUUGUACGAAACCGGAAAUGACUACUUAGAUAAGCAGCAACGUCAUUUAGUAUGAUGUAACUGCGAUCACCAAGUAAGCCUGGUGAUAUAAUAAAGUUCUCUCUAACGACAAGCCAAGAUUUGUUUGCAUCAUUCAUUGAAGUAAUCCGAGUGUAAAUCGAUCACAAGUUAGGCACGCGCUGGUGAUGCAACAGGUUUAAACAUUUUGUAGGUAAAAUGAUCAUUUGAUUUGUACCACGCUUGAGUGACGUAUACGUAAGCUGUACAGAGUGACAAACUGGUCUGAGUGGCAUUAUCUAUUUAGUCUCGCUGGGUAGAAUUAAGUAGCUGGAUGAUCAUUUGGUUGGGUUUAUAAACCUGUCUGUCGUGUACUGAUCAAAAUUUCAGUUCGUUAUAUCUUUGCCUGAAAACGUACCUUGGAUCCCUUCGAUUCAAUGUAACAAAUCUUACAUUCUCCUUGUGUUCUAAAAUCCUCCCCCCCCCCCUUCUAAAUGUACAACACACACAUUCUUCUCAAAACCCCAUUCUGAAAUUGUGACAUGAGACAAUAUGUUAUCGGUUCCUGACACACGAAGCUAAAUAUAAAGCGUUCGUAGACAUUGGGCGAUUCUGAUUAUAAAAUGCGUUAUCAACUAUGCUCACCGGCAUGAUGGUCUCUUGAAACACGUCGAGUCGCUAUUAUCGAAAUAAAAAUCCAGAACUGGUAAAGAAUAACAAAGGUGUCAAAUUAAACUACCGAUGCCCCUGUCUCAUUUCAUUUUACUAUUGUCUCCGACUUUUAUGUCUAUUUUCUCCAGUGGUAGAGCACAGCUGUGUCAGCUGUAGUAUGGGCACGCUCGACCGGGGUAGUACCACACUCUCACAAAUCGGCGGACAAUAGCGACCUUCAAGCUGCUGUGUUUCGUUCGGUGAGUGAUGAGGUCCGGAGCCCACGCUUUCCCCUUUCCCCGCCCCGUCCCCCGUCCGCGCUUCUUGUCCUCUCUCCCCGUCCCCCAUCUUCCUUCUAUUGCUGGGGCACAUUUACAAGCACGUGUUGUCAAAUGGGAGAUCAACGUGACACACACACACCUUGCCGUGUUUCGUUUACUAAAUGAUGGUGAAGUGCCCCGCGCCUGCCCGUCCCACUGCUUCUCACUCUUCCCUUCAUCACCCCCCCCCCUCCCUCCGCCUUUACUGUCUUUCCUCCUAACGCCAUAUUCUUCACUAUCUUCGAGUUUUAUAAAUUUCUCACAUUUGUCAUUUACUUUCUCUCACCCCUGUACCCCAACAUUUUUAACUUUUCCGACUUUUACAGUCGAUUUCCUCUAUGCGGUAUACCAAAUCUAUUCUCUCUACUUGACCCUGUCCCCAUCUCACAUUUUCUUUUCUUUUGUCAUUUCGACAGAGGAAUAUAUUCUUUACAUUAAUGUCUUCUUCGGUAUACGUCUUCGGCUAUUUAUUUUUUUUUUGUUCAAAAUAAAAUAAAAAUUUACUUAUUUGAGCAUUUACAACGAACAUCAGAUACGACAAACAUUUUCGGCUUGUCCGGAUAGAUACGACAACUUGUUGUCAUUAUUGAGACAAAACUAUUAUACCUGGCUGAGACUUUUGGGUUCUCUUGUUUGAGGCAAUGACCCUACAAAGCGGUGAUCAAAUAUAAUUCUAAGUCAUGUCAGUACCCGAUAUGCUAAUCAAUGAUAUAUUUAAUCUGAAUGUAAAACGGAUAUAAAUCCCGUGUGUAGUACAUAGUUGUAAGAUGUAUGAGGCUGUCAGUAACCUAAAAAAGACAAAAUGUCAAGGUAUCAUUUACUGAAAUUAUUUGCAAAAAAGUCUGUUGUUAUGGAAACUAAUUUGUAAUAAGGUGUAAACCAACAAAAUUUAAGGAUGGAAACAUUUUACGAAAUUUUAUUAUCUUCGAACUAAUUAAUCUACGCUGACAGCUUGCUACAACGUGACUACGUCGCGUAUGUAAUAUUUAAGCAGUAUUUAUUAUUUACACUUCUAAGAUUAAUGUUUUAUAUGUGUCUGUAGCGAUAUGCAAAUGUAAGCAUUUUCCCUUAAGUAAUCAACAUUUUCAAUCACUUCACGGUUUCAUUCAUUCAUAAAACAAUGCCUAAGCCUAACUACCUAAAUGUCCCUUAUAAUUAAUUACAAUUAAUUUAUCUUCUUAUGGUUUAUGAAUGAAAACAUCCAGAUGUGUCCUACGCACUCACAGAUGAAUGAAUACGAGUGCUGAAACUCGCUGCCCAAUAUCAUUAAGAUCAUGGUAUUAUACUCUGAAAAAAAAAUACUGAGUAUACCUACGCAAAACGCAUUUAUUAAACUGAGAGUGCGAGUACUGGAGGUUAAAGAGGAAACAGCUUCUUUUAUUGUUUUUGCGUAAACUUUUUUUUUAAUCUUUAUUUAAUAAGAACGUCAAAUUAUGAUUGCAUUCAUUCAUUGAUUCAUCCGUGUCAUCAUCACACAAUUUGUAAUGUUAUGUUGCAUAAGAGAAUGAUGUAAGUUUUUUUUUUAUUUCAUUUGUUUCUGAUCGGACCGGUUGUCCAUUUAUUUGAUACGUGAAUUAAGAGUUUCGAUGUCAAUAUAAGUACUUUCUCGGUGUUACUGUAAUCACUAGAGUGAAAUUCUCUUUGCACAGUAAGCAGAUUGCAGUCGGACUAUUUAUUUAAAUGUGAGCUUGCUUGAACUUGUUCUUAAAUUAUUCCUUUAGGGCAUCUGCUUUGACAGCGAAAAGAUGAGGUGGAACGAAUAUUGCAAAAAAAAACAUCAUUAUGAUCGCAAUGAAAUUUCAGAACUGUUAAACGAUCUCGAUUGAUGGUGGAUUGGUAUCUCAUGUUAAAUUGUUAAUUUGUAUGCAACGGGCGGAUCCCCUAAACAUUGACAACUAAACCAGCGGCCUAUUCGUAUAACACUGCCAUGUUUAACGAAUGUUCUUUUCACAUUUCCUUUUCUUCUCGUUCUGCAGUCUGCUUGCUUUUAAUUAACCUCUUAAUGUCUAAAAUAUAUGUGUAUUGUCGUCAAAUAUGUCGCAGGUAAUUUGAUAUUUAUUUUUAGUAAUUAAUUCUCGUUUAGACUUGUUUUGUUGAUUAUAUUAUCU